UAUUCCGACGUGAAGGCGUCCAUUUUGCCGGAAAAACCAGACGCGCCAGGGGGAAUAUUCUGUAUUAACAUCACUAGACAGCGAUCUGAGUCGAGGGUUGUUAUUAUUGUCAUUAUGUUCGACUUCUCAACGAGACGAGGGGUGUUUUAUAAGCUUUAAAAACACAGCACCAGAGCCUCCUUCUUGUUCUGUAUUCAGUGGUGAGUGAUCAGUAUAGAGCUGAUCCAGGAUCAGACUGCUGGACGAGCUGCUGCUGCUGUUCCGUGUGUGUGUGUGUGUGUGUGUUUAGUGUGAGUUGGGGAUGAAUUGUCGCUCGGAGGUGUUGGAGGUGUCUCUGGAGGCCCGGCAGGUGGAUGAGGCCAUGACGGCGCUGUUACACACCAUCCUCCUGCACCGCAGCACCGGAAAGUUCCACUAUAAGAAGGAGGGGACGUACUGCAUGGGCACGGUGGGGACCCUGGACGUGGACUGCGACUUCAUCGACUUCACCUUCGUGCGGGUUUCAUCGGAGGAGCUCGAGCGAGUGAUCAGGAAAACAGUGACCGAAUUUAAGGACGCACUCGGGAACUCGGGCAGUGAUGGAAUGGGCCAGAUCUCUCUGGAGUUCUAUCAGAAGAAGAAGUCGCGCUGGCCGUUCUCGGACGAGUGCAUCCCCUGGGAGGUGUGGACCAUCAAGGUGAAUGUGGUUAACCUGGCCAACGAGCAGGAGCGUCAGAUCUGCCGGGAGAAAGUGGGAGAAAAACUCGGCGAGAAGGUCAUCAACAUCGUGGAGGUCAUUAACCGGCACGAGUAUCUGCCCAAGAUGCCCACGCAGUCCGAGGUGGACAACGUGUUCGAUACCAGCCUGAAGGACGUCCAGCCAUAUCUCUACAAGAUCACGUACCAGAUUACGGAUUCUCUCGGGACGUCCGUGAGCACCACCAUGAGGAGGCUCAUCAAAGACACUCUGGCAUUAUAACAGGGUUAUAAACUCCUGUUACUACGUCAGCUAUCAUCACUACACACAGACACCCUCCUUAUUUAUCAGUCUGUAAUUAAUAUCAGAAAUAACCUAGCAGUCAAAAGUUUCUUCACCUGAUUAAAUCUCUAUUUCUUUGUUUUAAAGACAUUUAAAUGAAAGAAUGUGGUUGAAAUGUAAACUUUAAAUCUCAUGUAUAAGUUAAGUGCUUUCUUCAAGUGUUUCAGAUUUAAACUGCUUCCUUGAGUUGAACCUGAAACAGUAGAGAAUGGAGAGAGCUGGUAUGAGCAGAGGUGUACAGACUUUGUAUCCGAGCUCAUGUGAAGCUUUAGUUUUGUACAGUGUUUUUUCCGAAUAAACUGGAAAGGUGUAAAACUC